CUUGACAGCUAUAAAUCGCUGCUAGGAGCAAGGAUGACGGCUGUACUUGAUUAUCCUGCAAGAAAAGUUUUUGUACGAGAUAUAUGUAAAAGUAUCCGUCUGCGAAAUCCAGAAAACGAAGAGAAUGAGAGAGCAAGAAAGAAACAUAAAGAGUGGAAAGUGGAAUGCAAUGGCGUUGAGUUUCUCGUGACUGUGGUGUGGAUCCAAGGUCUUGUUACUGAAGUUAAUAAAGAAGAAGGCUUCCUGAUACUAGAUGACAGUACUGGAAAAGUGAAAGUUUUGGGAUACAACAACAUACCCUUUAUCUCACCAUCACUAGAUAUAGGAAAGUAUGUAAUGAUUGUUGCUUCAAUGGUCAGAAGUGGAGACCUCCCUAUAGUGAAUGCCAUUAAACUACAGGAUCUCUCUCAUGUAAGGAACACAGAACAGUCAUGGUCUCUGGAAGUCAUGGAUCAAAUCCUACAUUUGAGCUCAAUACACUGAACAGAAUUCAUCAGGAAAUACGAUCAUUUAUCUUGUGUUGCAAUGUGUUUUAAUUCAUGAAUUUAUUGACAAAUACAAAACCUUUGCUAAGUGAUUAUUUAUAUGCAUUU